CACUAUUUCGCUAUUUACUACCCCCAUCGUUUGGAAGCUAGACACACAUCCCGAUGUGCAUGAGAGGCGUCUGGCAAGUCCCGUUGUACGCCCUCGUUGUGACUCUGUUGAUGCAGCGCAUUAACCAGGGGCAACGACAUAACCACAACCACAACAUGCAGGAGUGAAAACACAAACGGAAACCACAAGACGCCUUCUUUUUGGUGGAGGGCCAUGAAGAGGUACUUACAACUGGUACACAACCCGAGGCACACAGGCGCAUGAAUAAAAGGUACCUAUGGUCAGGGAUUGGACGAGGGCAUGGCCCCCUCCCCUGGUCUCACCUUCCGCCAAGUCCAUCUUCUCAAGUUCCAUUUGGACGAUCGCGCCGGCGAUAAACCCACCCCACAAAACCCACUCUUGGAACCUACCACGCCUCGAGCACGCCUGCCAGUCACACCCUCCUUCUCGAACCCAUCUGUGCCAUUCUCUCUCAUUUUACUGUGUAUGCCCAGGAGACCCCCUUCUCACUUUUCCAUCUCUUGUCAUCCAAUUUUCCUCCCUCCACUCCCUUCCCCAACUCCUGGGUUCCGUCAUCUUUUUUUCAUCCACAAAAGGCCCCAUCCCUCGUGCCAGUCGCAACUUGACUGUCACCUGGCUGUCAACAAUCUUGGCCUUUUUUUCUUCGCCCUCCUUCUUUUCGACCGUCACUCAUCCAUCAUUCCUUCCUUGUCAGUGUUGAUCGUUGACCGAACACGCCUACUUUCACUACGCGCCUUCGAAAGGAUCCCUUCUUUCCAAAUCUUACCCCGGAGGCUCAACCGUCAAACCGAACUCGGCAAUAGAAACACUCACCAAACCCCAACCCGGUCACCCUUCUUCAACUCAUCAGUCCCACGCUGGCGACCCAGGGACAGGACGUCACUAUCAUUAGACCUUCACUCGACACGCCCUUACGACACUCAUAUACCCGCGCUGGACUCGGGCAACCUUGGGGUCGUAUAUCAAACAUUCAUUCGUCAAGAGCCAUAUCGACCAUCUAGACAUCUACCUAUGCUUUAGGACCGUUACACCAAAAAGACGCUCUCAGGUGUCAGUCACUUGUAUCACAACAUCAACAACAACUUCCGGAAACGAACAAAAAGAAAGGAUA